AUGUUGUUUACAACCAUUGCAGCUGCUGCAUCCAUGUUCAUGGUGCUAGGAUCACAACCCCAAGGCGUCAUGGCUCAAGAUGCUGAAGGCUGGUACAAGCAACAUCCAGGCAUGUCACGUAUCGGCCCUGUGAAUCAAGAAACGCAUCAAAUCCUUGAUGAAUUUGGUCGUACACGCUUCUUCCAUGGUACCAAUGUCGUCAUGAAGGAACCUCCAUGGUAUCGUCCUUCUGAAUGGGUGCCUGGUACGUCGUCUUUUGGUACCAAGGAUGUUGAAAACAUGCAUGACUUGGGCUUGAAUGUGGUGCGUUUGGGCCAUAAUUGGGCUGGUGCCGAACCUGUUCGUGGCGAAUACAACCAAACCUUUUUGGAUAUCAUGAAGCAACAAACCAAGCUUGCCGAAGAGCACGGUCUUUAUGUUUUGGUGGAUGUUCAUCAAGAUGUCUUGGCUCGUCAAUUCUGUGGUCAAGGUGUACCUGAUUGGUUUGUCAAAAAGGACUGGGUAGCCGAUUGGAAAAUGUUUCCUUAUCCUCAAAAGCUUAAGCCUUUCCCUGUGGAUGAGAAUGGCCUCCCUACACCAGAAUCCCUUUGUAGCACCAUUGACUGGGCACUGAGCUAUACCAAUGUCGCUGUCGGUAAUGCUUGGGGUCGUCUUUAUAACAAUUACGAUGGAUUGGGUGAUGCAUUUGCUGCUUAUUGGAAAAAGUUGGCAUCGCAAUACGUGGAUACGGUGAACAUUGUCGGCUAUAAUUUAUUGAACGAACCAUGGGUGGGUGAUACUUGGGCUGAUCCUACAUUACUUGUUCCUGGUGUUGCCGAUCACAAGGUGAUGGAAGGUCUUUGGAAUCGAGCAGCCAAACAAAUCCGCACCGUUGACAAUGACACGUUGAUUUGGUUUGAAGGUGCUACGUUGGAUGUGUUGUCCGGAUUCAACAAUGUGCCUUUGGGUGAUGGAUCCAAAACCGUGCAAUCGUAUCACUAUUACGCUCCUCCCCAAGUGGGAUCCAUUUCCAACACCAUCAAGAAUCGCCACAAGGAUGAUGCUCGGCUCAAGACGGCAAGUGUGUUGACUGAAUUCACGUUCUGGAUGGGCGAUGAUAAGCAAAUGAGCAACUUGGCAGAAGCUGUGAAGGCCACGGAUGAGCAAAUGGUGUCCUGGAUUGGAUGGGCAUAUGAAAACUUGUACAACGGCACAACGGGUGAACCUUAUCCUGUAUUGGCAAAGCAUUAUAGUCGUGCGUAUCCCACAGCCGUGGCUGGUACUCCCAAGAGCUAUAGCUUUGAUGAAGACUCUGGCACCUUCAAGUUGACAUUCACCAGCGAUCCCAAUAUCGAUGCUCCCACUGAAAUCAUGCUUCCUCCUCCCACAUUCCCUAAUGGAUACAGUGUCCAAGUGUCACCAGAGAAUAGCGUCGUUCAACAUACUCCUGAUAAGCGUACCUUGGCCUUGUUCACUGCCGAUAACCUCAAGGAUGCCACUGAAAUCUCUGUCACCAUCACACGAAAGUGA